CUCCCAGGCUGACAAACGCGCACGUGCCCGGGGUACACCCAGCCAGGGGGGGCCGGGGGCUGCGUGUUUGCAGCCAGCGAGGAGCCAUUCGGCAGCUGACGCCGAGGCAGCCUGGCUCCCCAUGUGAGCCGCUCGCCCAGCCCGGCUCUCUCCCGCCCCGCGCACACGCAGGGCUCCGGCCCGGGGGCUUCUGCUCACGGGAGAGGCGGCAGCAGCGGAGCCCCCCACGGUCCCGCCCCGGAUUCGGUCGGGGACUGGAGGCACGUGACCUGCCUUGUCGUUUCCAUGCCAACUCCCUGGUACCACGAUUCCCCCUCUCUCACAUGGUUGCCUGGAUACCAGUUAUCCCUGCCUGGUGGAUCCAUGUUCACCACUCACCAGGCAUCCACAGUGGCCAUGGAAACAGCGCUGAUCUUUCUGUGCUCUCUGCUGGUGCCUGUGGUCGUAGCGGACGCAGCCAAUCAAGAGAAGGAAAAAGAUCCUUUCAACUAUGAUUACCAGAGUUUGAGGAUCGGCGGUUUGGUGUUUGCCGUGGUCUUGUUUUCUGUUGGAAUUCUCCUUAUACUCAGCAGGAGGUGCAGAUGCAGCUUCAACCAAAAGCCCAGAGCCCCUGGGGAUGAGGAGGCUCAAGCGGAGAACUUGAUUGCCUCAAACGUAAUGGCGUUUGUCCACCCGCCCCCUAUUAAUAUGCUUUCCCGGUGGUGCACGCGCCCAGGCCAAGGCACCGCUGGACGGCUCACUGGGAAGAUGGCUGACGAGAUCGUCCCCGAGCAGGUGCCUGACAAGUUCACCUAUGAUUACGAGACCAUUCGGAAUGGGGGGCUGAUCUUCGCCGUGGUGGCUUUUGUGGUCGGACUCCUCAUCAUCCUCAGUCGGCGAUUCCGCUGCGGAGCAAAGAAAAGAAGGAGACAAGGUGACGAUGAUGAGCUGUAGCUGCAGAGCUGCCUGGACUGUCUGGAAAGAGGCUUCCUGCCCAGUGCUCUGUCGGAGUCGAGGGAAUUCUCUCCAGGAGCCAAGCCCCUUGCACCGGAGACAUUAACCCUCUCAGCCCUGCACCUCUAUACAAAUCCUUUUCAUGGCUUUCCUUUGUAAAAUCGGUUCAGUACUUCUUUGCCUCAAUAAAGCUCCUGCUGAGAGAGGGUUAAAGCUUGUA